UUUCGCGCCUUUAAGAGAGAAUUAAAUAUAGAAUUUUGCAGGACCAAGUCCUCUCGAGUUGGCGGUUACCGUCACUGUAUAAAAUGGCGCUUCUACUCCUCGCUCGUCUGCAAUUGUACUCGCCGUUCUCUUCCUAGCCUCCUUUUCCCUCACUUCUCAACUUCAUGGCCAUUGACUUUCCUUUUCUUGAUAUUAAUCGUUUGCAUUUACCUGGAUUUCCAUAGAUGGAGAGAUCAAGUUUCUACCUAUUUGGAGUUGUGAUUGCUUUGUCAUUUUGUUGCUUUGCUCUGCUUGCUUCAUCACAGUUGACUCAUACAUUGGAAGUCAGUGCUUUGCAAAAAGUUCGCAACAGUCUUAAGGACUCGCAGAAGAAUCUUGUUAAUUGGGAAAGGAAAGAUCCUUGUACAUCAAACUGGACAGGCGUAAUCUGCACGCCCAUUCUGAGUGAUGGUUAUCUUCAUGUCCAGGAAUUGCGUUUGAUGAAUAUGAAUCUCUCUGGAAAACUAGCCCCAGAACUUGGCCAAUUUUCUUAUAUGAUGAUAUUAAAUUUUAUGUGGAAUAACAUAAGUGGCAGCAUACCAAAGGAGAUAGGCAAUAUGACUAGUUUGCAGCUUCUGCUUCUGAGUGGAAACCAAAUAUCAGGUCCUUUGCCAGAUGAACUUGGUUAUCUCCCUAAUUUAACCAAAUUUCAACUGGACAUAAAUUUUAUAUCAGGACCACUGCCCAAAUCCUUUGCAAAUUUGCCCAAGGCAAAGCACUUUCACAUGAAUAACAAUUCAAUCAGUGGCCAGAUUCCACAUGAACUUUCUGCAUUACCUCAACUCAUCCACUUGUUGUUGGAUAAUAAUAACUUAUCGGGCUAUCUUCCACCAGAGCUUUCUGAAAUGCGAAAUUUGAAAAUUAUCCAACUUAAUAACAAUAACUUCAGUGGGACAAGGAUUCCUGAUUCUUUUGCCAACAUGUCCAAAUUGGUAAAAUUGAGUCUUAGGAACUGCAACUUGGAAGGAGAAAUUCCUGAUCUAAGCAAGAUAAAAGGCCUUCUGUACUUGGAUCUAAGCAUGAACCAGUUUAGUGGAAACAUACCAACAAAUAAGCUUUCCAGUAAUAUAACAACUAUUGAUUUAUCCAGAAAUAUACUUAAUGGAUCUAUCCCCUCAAAUUUUUCAGGCCUUCCGUAUCUCCAGGACCUGUUACUUGAUAACAAUUCAUUAAGUGGUGAUGUUCCUACUACUAUUUGGCAGAAUAUGGAAUUUGGAGCAGCAGAUAAACUCACCUUGGAUUUCCAGAACAAUCUGCUUUCAAAUAUUUCUGGCUUGCUGAAUCCUCCUGCAAACGUUAGCAUCAAGCUUCAAGGAAAUCCUAUUUGUACAAGAGCAAAGGAAUUGGACAUAACCCAGUUCUGUGGACGAACAAGUGGAGAUGUUGAGAAUCCUGAAGGCUCGAGCAACUCAACGUUUAAUUGUGAACCUCAAUCUUGUCCUACCAGCUAUUUUUUCGAAUAUGUCCCAGCAUCGCCUCUUCGCUGCUUCUGUGCUGCACCUCUUGGUCUCGAAAUACGUUUGAGAAGUCCUAGCAUAUCAGAUUUUCGUCCAUAUAAACGUCCAUUUGAGAUAUACCUGGCAUCCAGUCUUGGCUUGGAUCUUUACCAAGUAUUGAUUGAUUCUUUUGAAUGGCAAGAAGGUCCUCGGAUAAAAAUGUAUGUGAAAAUCUACCCUCAAUAUAAUAAUAACGUUACCACCAAUACAUUCAACACAAGUGAGCUUCAUUGGAUCAUGGACAUGAUUGCUACAUUUACAAUUCCUCUAAAUGAUACCUUCGGCCCUUUUGAUCUGCUCGGUUUCUCUCUCCUUGGGCCUUAUUCGGGCGAGAGAUUUAUAUUUUUAAAAUCAGGAAUGAGCAAAAGUACACUGAUUGGAAUUGUGUUCGGAGCCAUCUCCAUUGUAGUUGUAAUAUGUUUCACCAUGACAUUUGUUUUCUACAAAAGGCACACGGGAUAUCAGCCUGAAGUUUCCAAGAAGCAACUAAUUCCAAGAAUUCCAAUAAAAAUUGAAGGUGUCAAAGAAUUCAGUUUUGUUGAACUCGAAUUAGCAACAAGCAGUUUCAGCGUAACUACUCAAGUUGGUCAAGGAAGUUAUGGAAAGGUUUACAAAGGUGUUCUAGCUGAUGGCACAAUUGUGGCAAUCAAACGUGCAAAGCAAGGGUCUUUGCAAGGUCAGAAAGAGUUCUACACUGAAAUAGAAAUCUUAUCGCGCUUGCAUCAUCGCAACUUGGUGUCACUGGUUGGGUAUUGUGAUGAAAAAGAUGAGCAGAUGCUGGUGUAUGAGUUCAUGCCUAAUGGUUCCGUUCACAACCUUCUUGCUGCUAGAUCUAAGAGGCCUGUAAAUUUUGCUAUGAGGUUGUAUAUUGCAAUGGGUUCAGCUAAGGGGAUUCUCUACCUUCAUACUGAAGCUUAUCCACCUAUAAUACACCGAGAUAUUAAAGCAAACAACAUAUUAUUGGACUCAAAGCUUGCAGCAAAAGUGGCUGAUUUUGGAAUCUCAAGGCUGGCACCAGUAACAGAUGGUGAAGCAGCAACUCAUAUAUCCACAGUCGUGAAAGGCACACCAGGAUACGUUGAUCCAGAAUACUUCUUGAAUCACAAAUUAACAGAGAAGAGUGAUGUCUAUAGCCUUGGAGUUGUAUUUCUUGAACUCUUGACUGGAAUGCAGCCUAUAUCACAUGGCAAGCAUAUUGUUCGACAGGUUCAUUCAGCAAGUCAAUCUGGAAAGUUGUUUUCCAUCAUAGAUGAAACCAUGGGUCCAUACCCUUCUGAAUGUGUCAAGAAAUUCAUGGCAUUGGCCCUCAGCUGUUGUCAGGAAGGAACAGAGAAAAGGCCAUCAGUACUAGAAGUAGUCCGAGAAUUGGAGAAUAUAUCUUCAAUGUUGUCAGAAUCUGACAUGAUUCUACCAGACUCUGAGCCUGAGGCCUCCACUUCUGGAAUGUCAGGGGACGACCAAUCCUCUCUCUAUACUAGAAGGAAAUCUUUUUCGUCCUCCUCUGAUUUUCAUGGAAGUGAUCUAGUUAGUGGUGUCAUACCCAGCAUCAGGCCUCGCUGAUGGUUUGUCGGAGCCAGUAAGGAAAGGCCUUCAACAAGGGAGAUACGGUUAUGAUUAGGGCAUAGGUAAGGCAGCCCAAAAGAGUGGAAGUCAUCUUCUUAUAUUGUGGAAGUCAGAUUUACUAUUGGAGACAAAUUGUGUCUUGGUUUGCAGAGACAGUAGUCGUUUGCCCGCAUGACUAAAAUUUUUUAUAUUAUUAUUAUUGUACGGUAUUAUUUUAUAAAAUAAUAUUUAUUUUCA